CUCUUGGCAUCGAAACAGUUUCGUGGUCUGACAGGGGAAUUGAUGUGUAAGGCAUGCUGUCACCUUAUCUCCAUGGUCUCCGUAGCAGGACUCAAAUUUCAUGAAGAUGAGAUUCUCGAGAUAUGGCGCAGCUUUCUUGACGAUUGCAUUUCACAUAAAGAGGAAACAGUGCAGGAUGCAGCUGUUGCAGCAUACCCUAACUUCUUAGCUACCUAUCUUUUUGGUAAAAAUGGCAACUUUCGGUCGGAAUAUUGCGUAUUCGAUCUUAUUUUUGAAAAGCAUUAG